CAAUAAAGCUGCAAUGUCUCCGUAUCUCAUCCCUCCAGGUGAUGCCUUCCCAGCAGCCUCCAGUCCCUUCCUGCCGGGCUAUUCCGGCCCCUCCCCCCUAACCUCUGACCCAGCCUACAGAUCACCCAAUCAGAUGGCUCAGCUCUGGGCCUCACACGCUGCUGCCCACGAAGGCUACGCCCCUCUCCCAGGCGGUCUGUACCCCAGCCCCUACCACCUCCCCCUGGGUAACCUGGAGCCUCCUCCCCCCUCGCUGGGCUUGGCUCAGCACCACCACCUCUACAACGCACCACACCAAGAGAGGUUCUUUCUGCCGGUGUCGUUACCCCAGCCGCCUCUUCAACCCUCCUCCGUCCCCCCCAGUUCCACCCCCCAGAGUAGCUCCCGGGAGGGGGGCAGGGACCGAGACAUACUCUACCGCGAGGAGAGGGAGAGAGAGGAGCCUCAGGAGGGGGGCAGAGCCCGAGACAGACUCUACCGUGUGGCGAGGGAGAGAGAGGAGCCCCAGGAGGGGGGCAGGGACCGAGACAGACUCUGCUGUGAGGAGAGAGAGGAGCCUCAGGAGGGGGGCAGGGACCGAGACAGACUCUACCACGAGGAGAGAGAGGAGCCCCGGGAGGGGGGCAGAGACAGACUCUACCGCGAGGAGAGAGGGCGAGGCGAGAGGGAGCGGUCGAGAGAGGAGCCUCGUCCAUACAGUGUGGUAGAUCUGACACAGGAUGGGAGGAGUGGAGAGAGAGAACGCCACAGAGAACGAGAGACUGAGCGAGACAGAGACCGAGAGAGAGAGGUUCUCCUCCACCACCCCUCUGCUUCUCGACCCCCCAGGGCUCCUCCUCUUCUGGGCGUUACCCAGAGACUGAUGACACACCCACUCGCUCCCCCAACCCUAACCCCAGCCCCCACACACACACAGACAGGCUGAGGAAGACUGAAUCUACCUACAGCGGUGCACUCCUUCCUGGCCCCGCCUACCCUGCACACCGGGAGCCUAUCAGGGAACAGCGUGUGAGCGCGCCCACUUACGUGCCUUCUGUGGAGGUCUAUGAUGAGCAGGUCGGCCCGAUCCAGAUCGCAUCGCAGGCCAGGGACAAACAGGACAAACUGAAAGAGAGAGAGAAAGAGAGAGAGAAAGAGAAGAGAAAGAGAGAGAAGAGAGAGAGAAAGAGAGAGAGAAAGAGAGAGAGAGAGGUUUCCUGAAAAGACACUAUCGGACCGUCGCGCUUCUCUUCCUGGUGAUUUGUCCAAUCAGAGAGAGCGGGAGGAGGGCUCUGUGAUCUGCUCCAACGGUUCGGCGCUGAAACGAGACGGUUACGUCAGCCAAUCAGGGUUCAGCCCGGACCCCAGGGACACGCCAAAACAUGCCAUCCGAUUGGGCUUGGAGCGGGUGGGGGAAGGGCCUAAAUGGAACCCCAUCAGCCCAUUGGCCAACUACGCCACCAGUCAUAUGGCAGCUCUGGCCUCCCAGCACGGACACGCACACUCCGCACAGCAGGCACGCACACACACUCAGCCCUCACACCAUAACCAGCAGGAACUCAACAGACCCCCUUCCAACCCCCACACACCCCAACACAGACACACACACACUCAACCCUCACACCAUAACCAACAGGAACUCAACAGACCCCCUUCCAACCCCCACACACCCCAACACACACACACACAUUCCCCCCACCCUCCGCCCCAACCCCAGAGGGGAGAGGAGGGACAGGGGCGCUACUUGGACACCUCAGCCCUGUACCGCCCAGUGGGGGGGAGGAGAGGCAGCGGGGGAGGAGGGUCUGAGGGGGAGCAGACGGAGGAGAGGUGUCGGCCAUGCAGAGUCUGAUCAAAUACAGCGGGACCUUCCCACCUGAACGCCAGGGGUCCUCCAGGCAGAACACGGACAACCAAGCCGCGUUCGGAGGGCUGGCGUUCAUGAGGCUGGAGGGAGGAGGAGGAGGAGCGGGGGAGGCUGAUGAAGAGAGAGCAGGAGCGCCCCGACAGCUCUCGGUCGUUGGGACGCGGCGAGGGGGCGGGGCCAGGCGAGGGUGGGGGAGAGGUCCGUCACCCUCCUGUAGGGAUAGCUGUGGCAGUGGCCAGACAGAGCAAUACAGACUCCCAGAGACCUCUACUACUGCACGCAGGGGUUAAAGACGAGGAGCGGGGGGACGAGCGAGCCCGUCACCGUGGUGAUAGACUGGGGUGCCUGGAGCGUGAGCAGGAGAAGUUGCUCAGAGAGAGUAAGGAGCUGGCAGAGUUCACCCAGAUGCACCCCCUGGUGUCCAGCGCCCUGACCUCUAACCUCAUGACCUCCAACCUCAUGGUGACUGGAGGCUCCGCCCGCUGGCCCCACGACCCCUCCCCUCUGACCUCUCACCCCUGGAUGCCCCGCCAAGGAGCCCCGCCCAUCUGGCUGUCGGGAUCCCCCUACGGUUUAGGCCCCUCUCCGCUGCACCAGGCCCUCCCUCCCUACCAGCUGGCCAGAGACCCCCAGUCAGGACAGCUGAUGGUUAUAGCCACAGAACACAUCCCACGCUACGGAGGAGAUGUGUUGGAUGGGGGUGGCGCCCCCCAGUGGCCAGGGGUGUAUGGAGCAGGCAGUUCUCUGCAACAUGCCGCUCAGCUGCAGAUGUUGUCACAGCAACAGAUGCUGAGGCAACAUGAGCUGGUGAUGAUUCAACAACAUGCUGCUCAGGUCCUGGAGCUGCAGAGGAACGCUCAACUGAUGGAGCGUCUGAAGGCCAGUGAACAGAGGGCGGAGCUAGAAGAGAAGACCAAUAAGAGGAGUUCCGAGCCCAAACCCCGCCCCUCGCCACGCCCCACUCCCUCCCCCUCCCUCCACUGCCAUAAAACUCCCCUCCGUUCACCACCUCCCUCCACCUCCUCCCUCACCCCCCUGUCUUCCCCCAGGCCCACUCUCCAACACCCGGCGGUCCAGAGAGAGAGGUCUCACCCUUCCUCUCCCCUCCCUCGCCCUCCCGCCCCACACUCUGCCUCCCCCCUGAGACCCUCCUCCCCCCUGAGACCCAGGCAGGACGCAGACGAGGAGGAGGAGGAGGGGGGAGAGAGGGGGGAGAAACAGACCACCGCCCCCUAUCACCGAAUCUACACAGAUAUCACCCCUGGUUACCGUUACCAGUCCAUCACCCCGCCGUUCAGCGCCCUAUUCCCCCCCCGCCCCCUCCCCCAUCCAGCAGGGGGUAACAAACACCCCUCGGUCUCCUCCCUGCCGCCACUCCUCCGGGCCACAGCUCCAGACGCGAAGCCUCGGGGCCUGGAACUCCGGCCAGACCAGGGGACCACGCUGAAGCAUGACCCUGACCAGGAGCCACCCCAGCUGGGCAUGAGUCCUGCUGCCCUGGACCCUCAGCUCCGGACCUCCAGCCCUCCAACCCUCAGCCAAAUAGAGAGAGACGGAGAGUCAGGCCUCAAACACACACAUCUCACCCACACACACACACAAUUACACACACAUCCCAGCCUUACACACCCACACAAACACACCAGCCUCCACUCAGCCCCCCAGCCCUGUCCUCCUCUACCCCCCACACAGCCACAUAAACACACCAGCCUCCACUCAGCCCCCAGCCCGGUCCUCCUCUACCCCCCACACAGCCACAUAAACACACCAGCCUCCCCACAGGCCCCCAGCCCUGUCCUCCCCCCACACAGCCACAAGAACAACAGACCGAGGAGGAAGAGGAGGAGGCAGGAGCGGUCAAGAUGGAGGUGUUGUCAGAUGCCCCAGGCUGCCCCCCCUGCCCUACCCACCCUGCCCCAGACAGAGGCCUCCUCGCUGGGGAGAGACGUGGCCAGUCCUGGGUGUCUGGAGGUCUGGGCUCUGGAGGGGAUGACUCUACUCAGCGACAUGGCCUCACUAGAGAUGGAUAGGAUACAGCUGGAGCAGGGUGAGGUGUUGUGUGGUCUUGACAGCCUGUUAGAGGCAGGUAGAAAGGUGUUGCUGGAGGCCAUUGAGAGCCAGUCUCACAUCGACCUCCCCAGACAACUACACCCCAGCAAGACCUACAGCUGGAGGAUGAGGACAGACCCACAGGAGCAGCUCUUCAGUAAGCUGUGUGUGGAGGUGUGUGAUGGAGGGGAGUCUCAGCAUCGGAUGAGAUUAGCGGAGCUACAGAGGCAGUACAAGGACAAACAGAGACAACUGGACCGGCUGCAGAGACGCUCUGACACCCAAGAGGUUCAGCAGCAGGAGAAGGAGAGGCGGAGUCUAACCAGACGUGGGCGGGGCCGACCUAGGAAGAGGAAACGUGUAGCGACGCCCCCUGGCAAGAUGGAGUCCCGGACAGGGAACUACGACUACAACUCUGACUCUGAAGAGGAUGUCCCCCGGGGGGGCUGUCACCCCUUCUCAGGGUUGCGACCCCACACAACCCCGCCCAGGAAGAGACCGUCCCCCUCCUCGUCCAAUCAGGCGGCUCGGGAGAGGAAACAGAAGCACUUAUCCCUCCUGCUGCAGGAGGCGGGGCUUAGCUCCUCCGACGACUCCUUCGAUCAAGAGUCCUCCACUGAGGAGGACGAUGAUGAGGAAGAGUCGUCGUGCUCCGAGGGGAGUGAGCUGGAGGAGAGUGGGUUGGGCCUGCUGGCCAGGUUCGCAGCCAGCGCCCUCCCGGUCAACCCCGUCCCCCUGCCCCGUCUCCACGACAACAAACACCGUAGCAGGCAAAGCAUUCUGGGUUUCGGUUCUGGUUCUGACCUGUGUCUGAGGAAGUUCCCCUCUCUGCUCCACGGGAAACGCUCCGCUCCCGAACUCCCCCUGUUACCCCCGGCAACGCGCCACGGCGACCACACAAGCAACGAGACCUCGCCGGUCAAACGCAAACCUCGCCCAUCUCCUAGGUCGCCCCGGAGAUUCACCUUUGACCCCGCCGGGGGACUAGGGGGAGGGGCUAGCGAGGAGGAGGGAUGGACACGCAGACGCAGCGAGAGGAUUUUCCUUCAUGAUGCCUCCACCAAUCAGAUCUCUCCCUCCAGUAAAGACCCUCCAAUCAGCACUAAACCCGCCCCCAGACCUAAAACCACACCCAGGGACGGGAAAGACUGGAAGAAGAAGAGGCUGAAGGACUCUCCCCUGACCCCGCCCUCUCUGUCUAGUCCAAUCACAGAGAGCCCGGUAGCCCCUCCCCUCAGCCCUGCACGCAAGAGCCAAUCAAAAGCCAAGGCUAAACCCCGAGAGGCUCGUGGAGCGGUCAGUAGGCUGAUGAAGAGUAUGGAGGCUGAUGAAGACUUCGAACCCAGUCAGGACAGCAGCUUCUCUGAAGACGAUGGACCUCCUCCGUCACACAGCAGUCUGGCUGAGAGGACCCUGUCGUCUGCUCCGGUCCAGUGUGUGUUAGAUAAAGACUCUCUUCAGGAUGGUCUGAGGGUUCUGAUCCCCAUGGAUGAUCAGCUGCUGUAUGCUGGACACGUCAACACGGUACACUCCCCGGACAUUUACAGUGUGGUGGUGGAGGGGGAGAGAGGGAACAGACCUCAUAUCUACUGUCUAGAACAACUCCUGCAGGAGGCUAUUGUAGAUGUGAUGCCUCCGUCAGUCUGGUAUCUUCCUGAAGGCUGUCGUGUUGCUGCAUACUGGAGCCAGCAGUACCACUGUCUCUACCCCGGCACCGUAGUCAACGGAAGUUCAGACGGUGAUGACAGUGAUGACCUCAUCACGGUGGAGUUUGAUGACGGUGACACGGGUCGCAUCCCCCUCUCCCACAUCAGACUGCUGCCCCCUGACUACAAGAUACAGUGUAAGGACACAGCCCCCUCUCCCACAUCAGACUGCUGCCCCCUGACUACAAGAUACAGCCCCUCUCCCACAUCAGACUGCUGCCCCCUGACUACAAGACACAGUCCCCUCUCCCACAUCAGACUGCUGCCCCCUGACUACAAGAUACAGUGUAAGGACACAGCCCCCUCUCCCACAUCAGACUGCUGCCCUCUGACCCCUGACUACAAGAUACAACCCCUCUCCCACAUCAGACUGCUGCCCACUGACUACAAGAUACAGUGUAAGGACACAGCCCCUCUCCCACAUCAGACUGCUGCCCCUGACUACAAGAUACAGACACAGCCCUCUCCCACAUCAGACUGCUACUGCUGCCCCCUGACCCCUGACUACAAGAUACAGUGUAAGGACACAGCCCCUCUCCCACAUCAGACUGCUGCCCCUGACUACAAUAUACAGUGUAAGGACACAGCACCUCUCCCACAUCAGACUGCUGCCCCUGACUACAAGACACAGUAUACAGCCCCUCUCCCACAUCAGACUGCUGCCCCUGACUACAAGACACAGCCCCUCUCCCACAUCAGACUGCUGCCCCCUGACUACAAGACACAGUGUAAGGACACAGCCCCCCUCUCCCACAUCAGACUGCUGCCCCCUGACUACAAGAUACAACUGCUGCCCCCUGACUACAAGAUACAGCCCCUCUCCCACAUCAGACUGCUGCCCCUGACUACAAGAUACAGUGUAAGGACACAGCCCCUCUCCCACAUCAGACUGCUGCCCCCUGACUACAAGAUACAAGACACAGCCCCUCUCCCACAUCAGACUGCUGCCCCCCCUGACUACAAGAUACAGCCCCUCUCCCACAUCAGACUGCUGCCCACUGACUACAAGAUACAGUGUAAGGACACAGCCCCUCUCCCACAUCAGACUGCUGCCCCUGACUACAAGAUACAGACACCCCUCUCCCACAUCAGACUGCUGCCCCCUGACUACAAGAUACAACUGCUGCCCCCACAAGGACACAAGACAGACACUCCCACAUCAGACUGCUGCCCCACACAACUACAAGACAGCCCCUCUCCCACAUCAGACUGCUGCCCCCUGACUACAAGAUACAGCCCCCUCUCCCACAUCAGACUGCUGCCCCUGACUACAAGGAUACAGCCCCUCUCCCACAUCAGACUGCUGACUGACUACAAGAUACAGCCCCUCUCCCACAUCAGACUGCUGCCCCCUGACUACACAGUAUACAGUGUAAGGACACAGCCCCUCUCCCACAUCAGACUGCUGCCCCCAGACUACAAGAUACAGUGUAAGGACACAGCCCCUCUCCCACAUCAGACUGCUGCCCCUGAGUACAAGAUACAACUGCUGCCCCCUGACUACAAGAUACAGUGUAAGGACACAGCCCCCUCUCCCACAUCAGACUGCUGCCCCCUGGACUACAAGAUACAGUUGGCCAGCUGCUCCAGGAGGCGUGUCAGGAAGUGCAGCAAGGACACCAGUGAGACGAGGCCUAAAACAGGGGACUCCGCCCCCAAGGGCAGAGGGAGACCUGCCAAGAAACCCAAACCCAAACCUGCCAGGCUCCAGACAGACCUCAGCUCCCCACCAGACCAGCCCAGGACAGGCCCUCCUCCUCCCAGAGGCCUGCUCAGGAAAGACCCCUGUCUGCCCCCAGGCCGGGACCAGGCCGACCCUCCAAGCCCCCUGCCCCCCACGCAGCCAGAACCCUAUGAGACCCAGCCCAGCCUCUCCCAAGCCCCCUCCCUCUACCACCCAGCCCCUUACGGGAAGAUUCUAAGGGUGGACCUGUACAGCCAACCCAACCUCACCUCUUCACUACUUAAACCCAACUCUACUUCACCUAUCAUCAGACCCAAGCCUCUUCUACCUAACCCUAAAACUAACCUUACCUCCGUACCAAAAUCCAAACCUAGACCUAACUCUACAGCAGAACUCCCUGGGCCUGCAGCUAACUUUAAUCCUGAUCACAACAAACCCAGAACCGCUCCCAAAGCAAUCUCCAGACCCAAACAGAACCAUAACAAACCCAGGCCCGCCCUGGAUCCUUCUACCAGGCCCAGAGCCAGCGCUGGGUCCAGCUCCAGUACCUCCAAACCUAGAACCAGCCCUGGGCCCAGCUCCAGCACCUCUAAACCCAGAACCAGCCCUGGGCCCAGCUCCAGUACCUCUAAACCCAGAACCAGCCCUGGGUCCAGCUCUAGUACCUCUAAACCCAGCCCCGGGCCCAGCUCCAGUACCUCUAAACCCAGAACCAGCCCUGGGCCCAGCUCCAGUACCUCUAAACCCAGACCCAGCUCAGACCUCUCUGCUGUCAGAUCCAGACCGGACCCUAGCACCUUUAUUCCUGGUAUCUCCAGACCCAGGCAUGUCCCGGGGGAGGGCGGGGUGGGAGGGCAGGGCGGGGUGCGACAUGGGCGUAAGGCCCUCCUAGAGGAACCCCUAGUAAAGCUGGACCACGAGGGCGUGACCUCACCCAAGACCAAGAAGACCAAGGCUCUGAUGCUGCUGGAGGCCAGAGGCUUACGGCAAGAACCCACACCCCUCUCCACAGCCGCAGCCAGCCAGAAGCCGGCAAGGGUAAAGGGGAGGGCUCCGGAGAGCGAGGCAGGGCUGCUGGAGGCCAAGGGCUUACGGCAAGAACACACACCUCUCUCCACGGCUGCAGCCAGCCAGAAGCCGGCGAGGGUAAAGGGGAGGGCUCCGGAGAGCGAGGCAGGGCUGCUGGAGGCCAAGGGCUUACGGCAAGAACACACACCUCUCUCCACGGCCGCAGCCAGCCAGAAGCCGAAGAGGGUAAAGGGGAGGGCUCCGGAGAGCGAGGCGGGGCUGCUGGGGAGAGAACCCGCCUACAGAACGCCUUCUCUGGGCAGAGAAAGAGACCGGGGUGGAGGGGGGGACAGAGAACCAAAGAGAGAGGAGAGAACGAAACAAGGGGAAGAGAAGAGAGGGGAGGAGACAGGGGGGUCUCACGGCAGCAGUAGUUCAGGAUCUGAGGAAGAGGAGGAGACGAGGAAGAAAACAAAGUGUAGCUCCAGCUGCUCCCACCCCUCCUCCCCAGCCUCCUCCUCCUCAUCCUCCUCUAGCACCUCCUCUUCCUCUUCCUCCUCCACUGACGAGGAGUCCUCUUGUAGUUCUGACGAGGAGACCGCCCCCGCUCCCCCUGCACCUCUCCCCGUCUCCCCCCCUCCAACUACCCCACAGGAGGAGGUAGAGGUGGAGGAAGAGAAGGAGGAAGAGGAAGAAAUUAAGAAGUUGAAAAAGACGGAAGAGGAAGAGGAGGAAGUAUUAGGAGAAGAUCAAUCUCCCUCCUCUCCUCCCCCGUCUAUCUCUCCGUCCUCCCAGCCAGCCAGGCCCCGGGGUCGUCCAGCCCGGCAGAAGUCCCAGGGAGGUGUGGGGUCGGUGGGCAGGCCACGGCGCAGGGAGGGGGCCCACCUCCCCACCACCAAGGAGCUGGCUAAGAGACAGCGAUUACCGAGUGUAGAGAACAGACCUAAGAUCUCUGCCUUCCUGCCUGCCAGACAGCUCUGGAAGUGGUUCGGUAAUCCCACACAGAGGCGUGGUAUGAAAGGGAAGGCUAAGAAGCUGUUCUACAAGGCCAUCGUGCGGGGGAGAGAGAUGAUUGGCAUCGGGGACUGCGCCGUGUUCCUUUCAGCCGGCCGACCCAACCUGCCCUUCAUAGGGAAGAUUCAGAGCAUGUGGGAGAGCUGGGGAUCCAACAUGGUGGUCAGAGUCAACUGGUUUUAUCACCCGGAGGAGACCAACCCUGGCAAGAAACUACACAACAAGAAGAACUGGGAUCAGAUGUCUGGUCAGUCUCUUCCUUCAUCUCUGCUCUCCUCCAACCAGAGGAAAGACUUCAUGGAGCGGGCUCUGUACCAGUCAUCCCACAGCGAUGAGAACGAUGUCCAGACGGUCAGUCACAAGUGUCUGGUGGUCAGCGUGUCGGAGUACGAAACCAUGACUCUGACACGUCGCUACGCCGACAGCCAAGACCUGUACUACCUGGCCGGGACAUACGAACCCACCACGGGUAUGAUCUACAACACGGACGGAGUCCCCAUCAUCUGAUGAACGACACG